AUAUAGUUUAGAGAAUCUCAUACUUCUCUCUCCCUUUAUGUCGUCGAAAAAUAUCAUACUUAACAUAUAAAAAGAACAACAUGUCGGUACACAAAAGCAAAGCCCACCAAAGAGAGAAAAGAAAACAAGACUUAACCAUAACAAUAAAUUAAAUGUCGCUCUCAAAACUCAUAUUAUUCAUCGUUUUCAUAUGAAUUUUCUAACCCAAACAAUUUUCCCUCGAAGUCUCCGCCUUGUAUCUCUUAUAUAACACAUCUCCCUAAACUCCGAAAAUGUCCCUCUCCGUUAACUCUAACGGCCAUGACAGCCGCCGCAACUGAAACCGACGUCUCACUCCGUCGCAGAUCUAACUCUCUUAACGGAAACCACACUAACGGCGUCGCCAUUGACGGAACCCUAGACAACAACAAUCGUCGCAUCGGAGAUACAAACACUCAAAUGGAGAUCACUGCUAAGAAAACUGACAACGGCUACGCCAACGGUGUCGGAGGAGGAGGAUGGAGAAGCAAAGCGUCGUUCAUGACGUGGACGGCGCGUGACGUCGUGUACGUGGCGAGAUACCAUUGGAUACCGUGCAUGUUCGCGGCCGGACUUUUGUUCUUCAUGGGCGUGGAGUACACGCUUCAGAUGAUUCCCGCGAGAUCUGAGCCGUUCGAUCUUGGAUUUGUGGCCACGCGCUCUUUGAAUCGCGUCUUAGCAUCUUCACCGGAUCUUAACACUGUUUUAGCCGCACUAAACACGGUGUUCGUAGGGAUGCAAACAACGUAUAUUGUAUGGACAUGGUUAGUGGAAGGACGAGCAAGAGCCACCAUCUCGGCUUUAUUCAUGUUCACGUGUCGCGGCAUUCUCGGUUACUCUACUCAGCUUCCUCUCCCUCAGGAUUUUCUAGGAUCAGGAGUUGAUUUUCCGGUAGGAAACGUCUCUUUCUUCCUCUUCUUCUCUGGCCAUGUUGCCGGCUCGAUGAUCGCAUCGUUGGACAUGAGAAGAAUGCAGAGGUUGAGACUUGCAAUGGUCUUUGACAUCCUCAAUGUAUUACAGUCGAUCAGGCUGCUCGGUACAAGAGGACAUUACACGAUCGAUCUGGCGGUUGGAGUUGGCGCUGGGAUUCUCUUUGACUCAUUGGCCGGGAAGUACGAAGAGAUGAUGAGCAAGAGGCAUUUAGGCACUGGUUUUAGUUUGAUUUCGAAAGACUCUUUAGUCAAUUAAAUUUGUUUUCUAUCAGAAUGUUUAGUUGAGUUGAAUCUAGCGUAAUGAAUUAUUUUGUUUUUCUUUGAAAUGGUUCUACUUGACUACCGUUACUUGAACCUAACCAAGUGUGAUCAAUCUUAUGUUAAGAGGUUGUAAUUUAAUUAGUCUAUUUGAAAUU